AUGUCGGAUAAAUUACAAAUAAAAAGGCAAACACUUAUUUUUAAAAAGGAAUACCUAUUUGCUAAAUUACAAAAGGUUUUCGAUAUCGCGAGAUCCCAAAUAAAUGAUCCCACACAAAUUCAGAAUUUCUUAGCCGAUUAUUCCGAAUUAGAAAGUGUCCGCUCAAAGUUUGAAGAAACAGUGUUAAAUAUUAUUGAAAUAGAUAUAUCAUUAAAACCGGAGACAAGAUUGUCAACGCGAGAAUUAGAUACAUUUGAUGAACUUUAUAAGGCAUGUAGGUUGCAAUAUUUAAGAUUAAAACCGGACGAGCAGGCAUCCCUCAGUAGGAAAGAUAGGAGUGAUGUAAGGCCGUCAUUACCUAAAUUACGUUUAUUUGAAUUCGAUGGUGAUAUUGAGAAGUGGACCACAUUCUACGAUACAUUUGUAUCACUUGUCCACAAUCGAGAUUUCGAUGAAAUAGAUAAGUUUCACUAUUUGCUUUCAUGUGUUAAAGGUUCGGCAUUAAACAUUGUUAAAAAAUUGCCCAUAACAGCCGCUAAUUAUACUGUCGUAUGGCAAAGUUUAUGUAAUAAAUAUCAAGAUGAUCGAAUACUCGUGGGUAGGUACAUCGAUAAAAUGAUAAACUUUACGCCGUUAAAUAAAGACACUACCGCAAAUCUUACUUUAUUUAUCGAAACAUUCGAUCACUCUUUUAAAGCCAUCGAGGCAUUAAAAAUUAAAAAUUUACAUGACUAUUUAUUUUGUCAUUUAGCCUUACGUGGGUUGGAUGCGCAUACUAGGAGGCUUUUUGAAGAAAAUCGGGAGCAAAAUUCACUUCCAUCUUUUUCGGAAUUAAUUAGUUUUGUAAAUAAACAAGUUAAAGUACUCGAACAUUCAUCGAAUAGUACGAUGUCGUUACAAUCAAGAAAUAAGUCUAUAUGUAACAAUUACAAAGGCAACAAUAAUAACCACUACAAAAGUUAUUCAAAGACAGUUUUAAAUACUAAUGUGUCGAAUUAUAAUAAAAAUAAAAAAAUAAUUUGCGCGCAUUGCAAUCAAAAUCACAUGAUUUAUAGGUGCGAUCAAUUUCGUAAAUUGACCGUAGAUAAAAGGAUUGACCGUGUCAAUACCUUAAAAUUGUGUCAUAAUUGCCUAAAAGGAAAUCAUGAUACCUCAACUUGUAAAAGUGAGAUGUCUUGUGGUGUAUGUGCGUCACUACAUCAUUAUCUAUUGCAUAGGGAGCCAGUGAGCGACACGCUCGUGCCAACAUCCACCCGUCCAUUGUGCUCUGACUCGCAAGUGCAACAAGCACUCGUCUCGUCUCAGGCUAUGAGUGACUCAGAGCGUUAUACGAUAGAUACGCUUCAUUCCAAUAACGUUCACUCGGGUUACGGUGUUGUAUUGGGAACGGCGCGUGUGUUAGUAAUUGAUAGUAGCGGCCAGCUUCAAUACUGCCGUGCAGUUAUUGACUCUGGAGCUCAGAGCUCAUUUAUUACAACUGAGUGUGCUCAACGUUUGGGCUUACCUCGAAAGAAGUGUUCGUUUAAUAUUUAUGGUCUCGGUGGAGAGGCUGUAAAAAAUCACGGCAUGAUUACAUGCACAUUAAGGUCCCUACACACUGACCUACCUAGUUUUACAUUGAACAUGGUCGUAGUGACUAAGGUAUCUGCUGAUAUGCCUAACGUUCGAUUCCACUCGGACGUUAUUAAUAAAUAUAAGAAUUUUAAUUUAGCUGAUCCAUUAUUUUAUAAGCGUUCGCGUAUCGAUAUACUAUUGGGCAAUGAUAUAGUUUCGGAACUUAUUAAGGAUAAACCUUAUAUUAUUUCAUCGGAUAUACCAAGCGUGAUCGAUACCGCUUUCGGGUUUGUUGUAAGUGGUAAACUUUAUAGCAAUGAUAAGGACAAUUUAAAAAAUUAUAAUUUAUCAGUCUCAUUUGAUGAACAAGAGUCUUUAGAUCAAACGUUGCGUAAAUUUUGGGAAAUCGAAGAAUUGCCAAGCAAACCCUCGAUUAAUCCUUUGGAACAAUUAGCGGAAGACAUUUUCGUGGCUCGUUAUAGUCGUACUGAGGAUGGUACCUAUUCAGUGCCGUUACCAUUCAUACCAGACCCGCCUCCGUUGGGCGCGUCACGAGCGGCAGCCGAGCGGCGACUCUUGUUCACCGAGCGCAAGUUGAAUCGUUCACCUGUAUUACGACAAGCCUAUUCAGAGUUCAUGUGCGAAUAUGAAAAUCUAGGGCACAUGGAGCUUUAUUCGGGGGACACCCCAAGCAAAUAUGUGAUACCUCAUCACAGUAUACUUAAGCCCAGUAGUUCCACUACUCCGUUGCGUGUGGUAUUCGAUGCCUCGGCUAAAACGUCCACGAACGUUUCGCUUAAUGAUAUUCUAUUGACCGGGCCUAAUCUGUAUCGAGAUAUUGGGGCUAUAAUAUUGAAUUUUAGGUUGUUUGAAUAUUGUUUGAUUUGUGACGUAUGCAAAAUGUAUCGGGCAAUUAAACUGAAUCAGUCAGAUAGAUGUUAUCAACAUAUUUUGUAUCGUCAUUCGCCUAACGAUGCCAUUGACGUUUAUGAAUUAAAAACUGUCACUUACGGCUUAAGUUGCUCACCGUUCUUAGCUAUCCGCACCCUCUUACAGUUAGCCUAUGACGAGAAAGAACGUUUCCCACUCGCUGCAAAGGUUGUGCGCGAAGGCGUGUACAUGGAUGACAUUCUAUAUUCUUGUAGUUCAUUGUCACAGAUAUCUCGGUUACAAGAUGAACUUUUAGAGAUGUUUAAUUCCGGUGGCUUUAUACUCAAAAGGUGGGCGAGUAAUAGUGCAAAAGUUUUACAACGCGUUCCGUUAGAAAACCGAGAGUGUCCUGUUACAUUUAUGAAAGAUGGUAACGAAUAUUCAGUCAAAGUGCUAGGUCUGAAGUGGUUCCCUUUGACUGACUGUUUUUAUUUCACAGUAGAUAAGACUGAUAAAGUAACAACUAAACGUUCUGUUUUAAAAUUAUUAGCUUCUAUUUACGACCCCGUGGGUUUUAUUUCACCGUGCAUUUUCAUCGCGAAAGAGAUAAUGCAAGAUUUAUGGAAGCUGGGCAUAGGAUGGGAUGAGCAGCUGCCAACUGACGUAACUAAGCGCUGGCUUAAUUACGUUGAUGAUCUCCCGCGACUAACGGCAAUCAAGAUAGAUAGACAUAUGCUGCUACCAGAACAGACCGAAUGUGAAUUGGUCGCCUUUUGCGAUGCAAGCUCUCGCGGUUAUGCUAGUUGUGUGUAUGUGAUCAGUCGUAACGAUAGAGGUCAAACUAAAGUACGCCUGGUGACAGCAAAAUCUAAAGUAGCCCCCGUCAAACCAUUAACUAUCCCGAGGUUGGAAUUAAUGGCGUCAGUUUUGUUAAGCAAAUUAAUUAGAUAUGUCCGUGACAUUUUAACUCGUGUAAAAAUUACUCGUAUUACUGCGUUAACCGAUUCGACUAUCGUGUUGACGUGGCUUCAGACAGAAGCUUACAAAUUAAAGCCGUUUGUUAGUAACCGUGUUACUCAGGUAUGUGAAGUGUUACCUCCACACUGUUGGCGUCACGUGAGUAGUGAGUGCAAUAUGGCAGACAUAUGCUCGCGCGGAGCGUCUCCGUCACAGCUCGUGGAGUGCAGUGAGCAGUGGUUGAAGGGCCCAUCUUGGUUGUACGACGACUAUUCGCAGUGGCCAGUGAGAACAUUUAUCAACCAACAUGAAAGUAAUACACCCGAAAUGAAAUCAAAUCAUACAUUAGGCUCCUUCAAUUUAAUCACAAAUGAAAAUAAUUCGAUAGAGGAGACUAAGUUAGAGUUCUGUGACCGAAUCUUUUCCAAUUUCUCUUCUUAUUAUAAACUGCAACGUACGUUUGCUCGAAUAUUGAGAUGGUUCCGACUCAAAUCCGGUCACUCGAAGCAAUCAAUACUGACGACUAACGAAUUAAAUACUGCCCAAGAUGUUUUAAUUAAAUUAGUACAAAGUGCAUACUUCGCAAAUGAAAUAAAUAGAUUGUCCAUGGGCACAAAGUACGUUCCGUCGUUGAGAAAAUUAUCUCCAUUUAUUGACGAACGCGGAUACCUCAGGGUGGGGGGUCGAAUAAAUUAUUCAGCGUUACCUUAUAACGCGAAGCAUCCUCGUUUAAUACCUAAAAAUAGUAGAUUUACCUUUUUACUUAUUGAAUAUUUACAUAAAAAAUAUUUACACGUAGGUCCACGCACCUUACAAAACAUUAUUAAUCAAAAUUUUUGGAUUUUAGCAUCCCGUCGCAUUAUUCGGUCAGUUUUGUCCAAAUGCAAAAUUUGUUUUAAACACAACCCAGUGCUCUUACAGCCUGAGAUGGCACCUUUGCCAGCAGCCCGAUUGAUACCUUGUAAUGUUUUUGAGCAUGUAGGGGUGGACCUCGGUGGUCCGUUCUUUACAAAAGAAAGUUUACGACGAAAUGCUAGGGUUGAACGGUCAUAUUUAGCAUUAUUUAUUUGUUAUUCGACAAAAGCUGUACACCUUGAAGUCUUAUCGUCGUUGUCAUCGGACUGUUUCCUCGCGUGUUUAGACAGAUUUGUAGCGCGACGCGGUGUGUGCUCCUUCCUUUAUUCGGAUUGCGGAACUAAUUUCAUAGCUGCUAGUAAGCAUUUAACCGAAGUACAAAGAUUUAUGCUCGAACAAAAAAACAAUAUAUUAGAGGGUUGCUCAAAACGACAAAUUAUAUGGAGAUUUAAUCCCCCUGGUGCACCACAUAUGGGUGGGCUCUGGGAAGCUGGAAUUAAAUCCGCCAAGUAUCUAUUAACGCGAGCCGUAGGAGAAAAAAGUUUGACGUUCGAGGAACUCACAACAGUGUUUUGUAAAGUAGAAGCGAUUCUCAACUCGCGGCCGCUUUGUCCGUUACCAGCUAGUGAUAAUCCUGAUGAGUUCAACGUUUUGACUGCGGGACACUUUCUAAUUGGAAAAGGGUUAACAGCAGUACCUGAGUAUAAUGUAGAGGAUAUAACAAUAAAUCGAUUAUCACGUUGGCAAUAUAUUCAAAAUUGUUCACAAAUGUUUUGGCGUAGAUGGAGUCACGAAUAUCUAAAUACGCUGCAACAGAAAGCAAAGUGGCAUUCGGAUAGAUCUAAUAUAAAAAUAGGUGAUCUCGUAAUCAUAAAAACUGAUAAUGUACCGCCGUGCGAUUGGCCUUUGGGUAGAAUUGAGGCUCUUCACCCCGGUCCAGAUGGGAUUGUUCGUUGUGUUACGCUUCGCACUCAAAAGAGUACUCUACAGAGACCAGUUAAUAAACUGAGUCCUCUACCUUAUUCAAAUUAG